AAAUAUGCGACGUCAUAUAGUCAUUUCAGCUUGCGAGUUGUAUCGUAUGCUGCUAUACCUAUAACAAUCCCCUAGACUCAACUCUUAAGAUGGACUUUAAGUUUUUAUUGUUUUUUGUUCAAACAGCUGCCGUCACUAUGGCACACGUGAUUACAAUAAAAAACAACUGCCCGUUCACUAUAUGGCCCGGUAUACUAGGCAACCCGGGACACGAACAUCUCGGAAACGGCGGAUUUUCGUUGGGCUCAUAUCAAUCCCGUUCGUUUAAUACGCCUCAAAAUUGGGCAGGCAGGAUUUGGGGCAGGACCAGGUGUAACGAUCAAGGAAAAUGCGAAACAGCCGGUUGUGGAAACAGGAUUGAGUGCAAUGGUGCCGGAGGCGAGCCUCCCGCAUCCCUAGCUGAAAUGACGUUCACCGGAGCCGGUGGAAAAGACUUCUACGACGUGUCGUUGGUGGACGGCUACAACCUGCCGAUCAAGAUGGUGCCGACCGCGCACUUCUCAAACAGUAAUAACGAUAAGUACGACUGCAAGGCGGCCGGCUGUGUGUCCGAUCUGAACAGCAAGUGUCCGCACGAGCUGUCCAUCUGGUCGGCCGAUGGCUUCAACGUGGUGGCGUGCAAGAGCGCCUGUGCGAAGUUCAACACAGACACUUACUGCUGCCGGGGCGCCCACAAAACCCCGGAAACUUGUAAGAGCAGUUCGUGGCCCAAAAACUAUCCCGCGUACUUCAAGGCAGCUUGUCCGGACGCUUACAGCUACGCGUACGACGACACGACCAGCACUUUUACGUGUCGCGGCAACCCGUCUACCAAUUAUGAUGUCAUAUUUUGCCCUUAAGUCAUUAGCCUGUUCAUUUUAUAUUCAUGUAGCUAAAUGGGUUAGGUGUUGGCUUAAUAUACCAAUGUCAAAUAUAUAAAUUCAUAGAAUUCAAAAACACGAUGCUAAGUUAUUUUAAUAAAGGAGAGGGGAUAUAAAAAUUUGAUUGUUCACAUACUCUGUUGUAAAGAAUACACACAUUUAUAAUAUUAUUAUAUAUUAUAUACGUACAUCAUAAAUAAAAAUAUAAGAGUAUAUACACAAUAAAAAACACGCAACCCCACCCCUUCUAUACCAAAAUAUUGCACAAAAAUUAUUCGAUGAUAUCUUUAAUAAAAUAUGUAUAUUAUUAUAAUUUUUAAAAACAGUACAACACUAUAUUUUAUUAAUUUAUAAUGAUACCUAAAACUUAGUAAAUAUAGUAACAUAUAUAAUACAAUGUAA